UGGCACACAAUUAUUACAACAUGACAAUUUCGUAGUGUAUGGACAAUAACAUCCUUGUCAAAAACUGUUUUCUUUACAAGAUGAAUGGUUUUUCUGAAAAUUUCCAUCUCUCAACAAAUUUCGAACAAUGGAGACUCAGAGCUCUGGCGAGCAAUCUGUCAGGUCUGUCGCAGCGGAGGCAACUCCGGAUCCCGCAUCAGCAAAGCAUUUUGCCGGUGCGGCGAAGGAUGGAAGUGUGUCAUCACUAGGACUGAGGGACCUGAUGCCGGCAAGGCCUUCUUCAGCUGUGCUGGGAAAACUACACACCUAUGAAGACGGGACAGUGACAAAGGAGGCCACGACGGUGAACGAGGAGGUAGAGAAAAUUGGUGCAAACGAAGCCUACUGCGAGUGUGGUGAAGGUUGGAAAUGUGUCAUCUCCAAGGUUGAACCUGAAGAUCCUGAUGCUGGCAAGAGCUCCUUCGAAUGUGCUGGUAGUUGCAGCUGUGUAACCGAUGGUUAAAGCCUAAGGGGCGCAUCAAGAAAUUAAGUGCACAUGUAAAAAGGGUUAAACCCUAAAUCACAUGCAUGAGCAUGGUCGAUUCUGUAUGUGUUUUGUGUGUUUGCUGAAGCGUUGAAAUCAAUAAACCAUGCUGUAAUAUAUUGGAUAAAAGCUGUUCAUUUUUCAUCACCAAA